AUGCAGCUGCCUUGCGUAUCGACGGAUGAAUCAUCAUCUCGGCGGUCGAGUUCGGAGCAUGCAGAAGGGGGCUCCGUGGGGGUCCUUGGGGGUCCACUGUCUUCGAUUUCCGAGCGACAGCCUGCUGAGAGCCGAGCACCCUUCGCACCGAAGGUGAUUGUGACGUCCUGUAAGGGAAAGACAGAUUGGAUGCAUCUGUGCGUGUGUGCAGUCACGAUGGUGGCGAUGCGGCUUCUUCUUGUGCUCAUCUCUUGUCUGGUUGCUGAGCGGGCUGUGUGUGCGGGCAGCGCCGAAUCCUUGACCCGCCUGAAACGCCUUCACGAGAGGAAACGACAAGACGGCAUCCCUCAAAAGACAGAUGGUGAGACAUACACGUUUGUGCUUGCCCUCAGUGACGCUGGGAAACAGCAGACUGAGUCCUCCUGUCUUGCGGGAAUACGUUAACUCAUAGCGCAACGUCCUUCUGUCUUCCGUCGGUGUCGUGUGGUGUGCCUGCAGGCGAGCACCUGAUCUCCUCUGCUCAUCACUCGAUUAUGCAAACAGCCGAUGGGAUCGAAGGUACGCCAGACACAUGUAGCACAAAAGACAGGCAGACGUCAUGAUUCACCCUUGCACAUGCUCGCGUGUGCAGAGGAGUGCUGGCUGGCCGUUCUGAAUGGGGCAAAAAGGAAAUUCCAGGAUUGCCCGUCGCCCACCAAGGAGGUCUGCAUGGUCGACCGCAAAGAGGACAGCCCGGCCCACCCGAGAGGCGCGCUUUUCAAGUACGUCGGCGUGUGCAUCGACGAAGCAAAGACGAAAAAGGAGUGCCAGGGCACUUUGCUACCCACAAUGAAAGACAGCGCGACAAAAAAGACGAUGCGCUACUGCCGAUACAAACACGCAGCCCGGUCCCUUGGGAAGCUGUCCGGCUAGCAGGCAUAUGGCUGGCUGGGAUGGUGCGGCUGACCACGUGCUGGACAGCUCACUGACAGAUACCGGUUGAGACCCGCCUGCCUGCCUGCCUGCCUGCCCGUCUGCUG